AUGGCACAGAAGAAGCAACAGGUCCAUCCCAUUGAACCCACUGGUGGGCCAGCCAAAACUGAUGUAGAGUCUGAGGAGCUUCGCCGCAUGAAAUGCACAAGAUAUAUAGCAUAUCUUUCUGCUUUUGCUUUGUUCGAGACCAUUGUUAUAAUGGUCUGUGUAGUCACCCUGAUGCGUAUCAGGAGUCCGAAGUUUCGGUUCCGUGCUGUUUCUAUUGAGAAUCUCAACUAUACAUCCGACACAACUUCACCCUCAUUUAACAUUAGAUUCAAUGCCAAAGUCGCUGUCAAGAACACCAAUUUUGGACACUUCAAAUUCAAGAACAGCACCAUUACUCUAGCUUACAGAGGUGAUCAUGUUGGGGAUGCCAAGAUUUCCAAGGCUCGAGCUCGGGCUAGAUCCACCAAAAAGAUGAAUGUAACAGUUGAUGUUAAUUCAGACCAUGUAUGGAGCCACUCAAACUUAGCCAGGGAUCUAAAUUCCGGGUUUUUGACACUGACCAGCCAAGGGAAGUUGAGUGGGAAGGUGCACUUGAUGAAGGAACUCGUCAAAUAUGACCUUGAUAUAGACAUUUUCACUAAGAAGAAAAAGAAGCAGCAAGCAGCCCAAGAAGAAGCAGCAAGCAGCCAUGCAUUGGGAUUUAAGCAACUUGUGAAAUGUGGCCUUGAUAUAGACAUUUUCACUAAGAAGAAGAAGAAGAAAUGA